AUUAGUAAAUCAAGCAUACAUCAUCUUUAUUUGUUCCCUGAGAUAUAGCUCCCCCUCUGGUUUCUAUGAUGGAAAUAGAAUCAGAAACUCAAGAACUCUGUCUCCAUGUCAAUGGUGAACAUGCAAGGAAUUUUUCAACGGAACAAAGAAGUCACAGCUACUCGUGGAGGAUAAAAGUGUUUCUUUAUGUAUUUCUCCUCUUAGCUGGAGAGACAAUGGCCACUCUUUUAGGUAGACUUUACUACGAAAAAGGCGGUAAGAGUACAUGGCUCGAGACCUUGGUUCAACUUGUUGGGUUUCCUUUAACCUUUCCUUGUUAUAAUUACAUAAAUCCUGAGCCUUCCAAGACUAAAUCCAUCACCAAAGAAACCACCUCCUUCUUGACACUAUCUUUAGUGUAUAUUGGAAUUGGCUUGGUUGUUGCUGGACAGAGUGGUUUAUACUCUUUUGGAUUACUCUACCUUCCUGUCUCAACUUUCUCUUUGAUAUCUGCGUCUCAGUUGGCUUUUAAUGCCGUCUUCUCUUACUUAAACUCCCAAAAGAUUACACCUUUUAUACUCAAUUCACUUGUUCUCUUGACCUUAUCUUCAACACUUCUUGUCAUCCAACCUGAGCCUGAAUCUUCUUCAAAGUCCUUGGCCAAAUACAAUUAUGUGAUUGGAUACAUCUGUGCGUUUGGUAGCUCAGCUGGGUAUUCUUUGACGCUUUCGUUGAUAGAUUAUGCUUUUGAAAAGGUUCUAAAGAAGCACACUUUCAAAGAGAUUUUAGAUAUGGACACAUACCCAUCUAUAGUAGCUACUUGUGUUGUGGUGGUUGGACUUUUUGGAAGUGGUGGGUGGAAAACGUUAAGGACAGAUAUGGAAGAGUUUAAACUUGGGAAAGUGUCUUACAUUGCGAUAAACAUCGGUUCCACGAUAUCAUGGCAAGCUUUUUCCAUUGGUUGUUUGGGUUUGAUCCUUGAAGUUUCAUCGCUUUUCUCAAAUGUCAUAAGCACUGUUGGUUUACCUAUUGUUCCUUUUCUCGGUGUUGUGUUCUUCCAUGAUGAGAUGAGUGGAAUCAAGUUGAUUGCAUUGGUUUUGGCCAUAUGGGGAUUUGUUUCUUAUGCUUAUCACGACUAUGUCGAUGAUCAAAAACCAGAAGAAGCAAAUCAGGAGAAAGAAGAAGAAGAGAUGAUGAAGCUUUCUCAACCUGAAGAAGCAACUCAGGAGAAAGAAGAAGAAGAGUUGAUGAAACUUUCUCAACCUGAAGAAGAUGCACAAGAAGAAAACAGUCAUAUCCAAGCUUAGUUAAAGAUCCAAGAACCAAAACUCUUGUAAUUUUGCACUACUAUAAUUUCAAGUAAGCAGUUACAUAUACAGUAGACUAGACACCACAACAAGAAAAUUAAAAACUUUCUAAGUCAAGUGUUGUUGAAACCCUUGUCUUGUUGUAUCGUUUGUUGACUUUCUAAAUCCACUUCUAUCCUAUAGGCUAUACAGAAAUGUGUAAUACCAGCAACGAUAAUUAAAGCAAUCAAUUUUAGCAGAUAACCAUGUCAUAUUUGCGAUAUUUCCGUUUCGUGAGUGUGACAUCAGAGAUAACCACAACAAAAAGAUACAAUGCUAUACUCUGCUUUGUCAUUUUGCAGUGCAUCUGAAACACCGAAAACAAGAGCAAACAACGAAAGCAGAGAGACAGAUAGGCUAAUGCAUCCUUGAGAAAACAGAGCUUUGAAUAGAAUAACAAGGGAACAAAAACAAUACCACUU